AUGAUGAUCGGAGAAAAUAGCCGGCCACAUCCGACGAUCCAUAUUCCGCCGUUGGAUUCAAUCAACGAUCCGUCUUCACCCUUCUCUUCCGUUAACGACAAUCCACACUCUCCUUCAUCCUUCGCUCCUCUUUACCGUUACCUCCCAUCGAACGAUUCAGACUCGGACGAGUCACUCCUUGACUCGUUUCGCAUGUACGAGUUUAAGGUUCGGCGAUGUGCGCGUGGGCGAUCUCACGAAUGGACCGAGUGUCCGUUUGCGCAUCCGGGAGAGAAAGCACGAAGACGCGAUCCGAGGAAGUAUCAUUACUCAGGUACGUCUUGUCCAGAGUUUCGUAAAGGGAAUUGUAGAAAAGGUGAUUCGUGUGAGUUCGCUCAUGGUGUAUUCGAGUGUUGGCUCCAUCCUGAUCGUUAUCGAACUCAGCCGUGUAAAGAUGGGACGAGUUGCAGGAGAAGAAUCUGUUUCUUCGCUCAUACUCCUGAGCAGUUACGUGUUGUGCCUGGUUCAGGAGAGGCGGAUCUUGGAGGAAUCUCUUCUUUUCGAAACCGAUUUGAGUCGAAAUUAGGAAUAGCCACUUCUCCUACAUCGAUCCUUGUCUCUCCUCCGUUUUCACCACCGUCGGAAUCGCCUCCGAGUACCGGUGAACUCAUUGCUUCCAUGCGGAAAAUGGAACUGAGUGGAGGAUCUUGGAGCUCACCUAUGAGAUCCGGGCUCGGGAUAGGGUUACCUUUUUCGUCAAGGUCGACUAUGACUGAGAGGCGGACAUGGCCGGGACUAAGAGAGUUCCAUCUCUGGGAAAGUGAAGGCGAAGAGAUUCCGGCGAUGGAAGUGGUUGAAUCUGGGAAAGAGCUGAGAGCGAGAAUGUACGCUAGACUCAGCAGGGAGAACUCACUUGGUUGA